UAGAGCUUUUAACGUGUGUAUUAUGGCGAGCAUCAUUCUAAUAGCUUGCCUAGCUAUAUUGGGCCUAAUCAUUGCGAUAUCACUCUUUCUGGCUGGAGGCUAUUUAUGGUGGAGGCAUAAAAGGUCACAAUUACAAUUUAUUGAACCAAACGAGGACGAAGAGUCCAGCAGCUAUAGCCUGAGGGCCACUCAGGAGAUUGUGGACUCUGGAAAUCCACCAAGUAAGCCGCAGGCACCUCCGGUAGUGGCCUCACAGACGAUCACCACGCCAUUGCAAAACAAUAUUAAUCGUAAACUGAACGGAUUCUUAAACCUCAGAACACCUCUCAUUGGGGGUAGCUCAACAUCUACGCCUUCAAAAGCUCCAAAUCUUUCAACAAGUGGCAGUGCAACUGAUGGUACAUCCAAAGAUUCCGCGAAUAAAAGCAUCUCAAUGACAGACAUGUAUCUCGAUAGCACGGAUCCAAGUGAAAAUGUUGGACAAAUACAUUUUUCUUUGGAGUACGAUUUUCAAAAUACAACGCUUAUAUUAAAAGUGCUUCAGGGAAAAGAGUUGCCCGCAAAAGAUUUAAGUGGCACUUCCGACCCGUAUGUACGAGUUACCUUGCUGCCUGAUAAAAAACACCGUUUAGAAACAAAAAUUAAACGAAGAACUCUAAAUCCAAGAUGGAAUGAGACGUUCUAUUUUGAAGGCUUUCCGAUACAAAAGCUUCAGUCGAGAGUGCUUCAUCUACAUGUGUUUGAUUAUGACCGUUUCUCAAGAGAUGACUCAAUUGGGGAAGUAUUUUUACCGUUGUGCCAGGUCGAUUUCGCUGGGAAACAAUCGUUUUGGAAGGCAUUAAAGCCACCAGCAAAGGACAAGUGUGGAGAACUUUUAUCUUCACUGUGCUAUCAUCCUUCGAAUUCGAUUUUAACGCUAACUUUAAUCAAAGCAAGAAACCUGAAGGCUAAGGAUAUUAAUGGAAAGUCAGAUCCUUAUGUUAAGGUUUGGCUUCAAUUUGGUGAUAAGCGCGUUGAGAAAAGAAAAACACCUAUAUUUACCUGCACACUAAAUCCAGUUUUCAAUGAAUCGUUCAGUUUCAAUGUACCUUGGGAAAAGAUUCGUGAAUGCUCUUUGGAUGUCAUGGUUAUGGAUUUCGACAAUAUUGGACGAAACGAAUUAAUCGGGCGAAUAUUAUUAGCCGGUAAAAACGGCUCCGGCGCCUCAGAGACGAAGCAUUGGCAGGAUAUGAUUUCGAAGCCGAAACAAACUAUAGUACAGUGGCAUCGUCUGAAGCCUGAAUAAUUAUAUACCCAUGUAAGUAUAUGUAUGCAUGUUUGUAUGCAUGUACCUAAGUGCUACAAAUGGAAAAAAAUGUAUACACAAAGAAAGUGCACAUUGAAAAACUCUAAUUGAUCCAAAAUGAUAUGCAGUCAUAUAAAAAGUUGUGACUUCUCGGGCAUUAUAUCAUGGCUCUUUAAAAACAACAAGAAACUAAUUAAAUGCAAACAUUUCAGUAAAAGAUGUUUUAGCGCAAAAAUAAAUAAAUAUGUAUAUCAGUUAUUGGCGUGAUUGAGAUAAGUAAUAUAAGAGAGAUGAACAUUUUUACGCUUAUAUAAACUGUUUUAAGACCACCUUGGCUUCAAAUUAUUUCAUCCAAACUAGUAACAAAUCUUUGUACGCUUGUCGAGUCGCUUGUCUGACCAGCUAUAACCUUCGGAUUGAGAAAAUCUUAAUAAAUAUUGUACUUAUUUAUCGCAUCCUACAAAACUGUAAAAAAGAAGAACUGAUACAUAUUAAACAUGUACAAUGCCAAUUAGUAUAUUUAUUCAUUGUUGAAAAUGUCAUAGCGAGUAGAUGCAGUUAGAAUGUUCAUUUGCUUUGUCUCAAAAUUUAUAAGUCAAACGAAGGAAUGGUUUUUGAAAUAGGGCGUUGGGAAAUUUCGAGCGCAAAGUCAGUUGACCUAUCACUCAAAACAUAAGUCAAACUGAGAAUGGAAAAUUGGUGAUCAAUGUAACUCAAAAUCCAACCGACAAGUCUUUGAACGAAAAAUGUUAUUUGUUUUUGAAAAUUUGCUGUACACAUAUAUUUUUUUCACAAAAUCAAGUUUAAAAGUUUUAGAAGCCGUCAUUUAGGAACAAUUAUUCCAAUUAUAGACAAGAAUUACACUAAUUAAAGAAAAGUCCUUAUUGUUUUAUUUUCUGAUGAUCCAAAUGGGGAAAUGCCAAGAUUAUAGAACUAUUGAACAAGAUUAUACUCUAUAGCUUUUGAUACAGGUUAAGUUAAAGUAAUAUAUUAUCAAAAAUUAUUUUCUAAAUAAUGACUCUUUUUUGUGACAGUUUACACCCCCCUUAAUAAAAUAGAAAAUAUGUUUCCUCAUAAUUGUUUAUGUAAAAGGGGUUACAGCAUGUCAGAAAUAUAUUGACUCGACCAAUGUACACAAACACUGUCAAAAUUUCUGUUAAUUUAAAACGUUUGAAGCGUAAUAUGAAAUGUUUUUAAAUUUCCUGAAUGGGUAAUUUUUAUAACCAAACACUUUUUAAGCAAAAACAAAUAGAAAAAAUCAAUUUAUUUGAAUACAAUGUAAUCGGAUUAUUUACAGCACACGAAUACGCACACAUAACCUAGUUAUUUGGCUUGAUUUAAACAAGAAAUAAUCGUAUGUAAGUUACUUUACUGUAUAAUGCUACAGUGUACGCCUAAAAAAAAUUAAAAAAUUGAUUUCUUAUAUACGAAAAUUGUAUAUAAUAAAAGUUAAUUGUUAUUAUUAGACUUAUAUUAACUGUAAAAUGAUAUUGUUACAAGUUACUUCAAAAUGCGAAUUGUUGAUUCUUUUAUAAUAAAAGAAAAAUUAUGUGCGAAAUGGAGAUUUAACAAAUAAAAGCAAACAAAAGAAAGUUAGAUUGUUAGGCUGUAAUAUUAUAUUAGCAAAGGCAAUAAAUAGGAACUAUAAAGGAAUUAGCCAACCAUUGCCGAACAAACGUCAGCUGUUGAUAAUGAAAAUAUUUGAAAAAAAACUGAAAAAAAAACCAAAUGCAAAACUAGUUUGAAA